CGACAGGCACCCAUAUUUAAAAGUGUACAAAGUAUUACUUUAAUCAGCAAAUCACUGAUUAAAACCACUUGGACAAACUUCAUCUGUUAGAAUAUUCACGACGAUGUUAGCAAAGUCUGUCCACGUAUGAGAGAAGGGAUCCUGUUAAUCCACUCUUCGUGUCCGCAGGUCUUCUGUGCACUGAGGCGGAUUACGCAGAUGUGUUCAACCUGUUCCAUCAAACAAGUCUUCAACUACACCGUGAGUUCUGGGAAUAGCCUCAACCUUUUUUUUUGCAAUGAAUCUCACAUAAUCUGUAUCGUGUCCUCUAAGCAGCCUCUUCUAAUGACGGACUGCUUAUUAUUGUAGCUAUAUUGUCUCUAAAAUUUAUCCUUCGCUUCGCCACUACAAUUCGCAUUUCAUGGAAUUCAAAUUUGAAACCCUUGGGGAGAAUCAUGGUGCCGCGGGUGAAACUGCUUGUUGCAGUUGUUGCAAGUCUUGUCAAUCUGGGAUUUUCUGGAGCACCAACAGCACCACCGAAGAGAGUUUCAGUUGAAAACAACUCAGGUGUGACACCGGCGGGAUUGUGCGGUUCUUGGGUCAAAGAGCCUGAUGGAGGACUUUUUACAUCUCCUAACUAUCCAGAGAAAUAUCCUCCUGACCGAGAGUGCAUAUACAUAAUUGAAGCUUCUCCAAGGCAAUGCAUCGACCUGUAUUUUGAUGAAAAGUAUGCUAUUGAGCCAUCGUGGGAGUGUAAGUUUGACCACAUUGAAGUCAGGGAUGGACCCUUCAGCUUUUCUCCUAUCAUCGGCCGUUACUGUGGACAAGAGAGCCCGACCUAUGUUAGGUCCAGUGGACGAUACCUUUGGAUAAAAUUUGUGGCAGAUGGUGAACUAGAAGCCACUGGAUUUUCAGCUCGGUACAAUUUCACCCAAGAUCCUGAUUUCAAGGACAUUGGAGUUCCACCACCUCUUCCAAUAUGUGAGUUUGAGAUGAGCGGGCCAGAGGGCAUUGUGGAGUCUGUAAUGGUUGCAAAAGAGGGCAAAGCGUUGCAGACAGAGGCUGUAGACUGCAGGUGGUUCAUAAGAGCUCCUCCCGGCUCUAAGAUCUAUUUGCGUUUCCUGGAUUAUGAGAUGCAGAACUCCAAUGAGUGCAAGCGUAAUUUUGUGGCGGUGUAUGAUGGGAGCAGCUCGGUGGAGCAUCUGAAGAAUAAAUUUUGCAGCACGGUAGCCAAUGACGUAAUGCUGCUGACUUCAGUAGGUGUGAUUCGCAUGUGGGCCGAUGAGACCAGCCGCAGGAGCCGAUUCCGUAUCCUCUUCACCACCUUCCAUGAGCCUCCAUGUGAAGGAGAUGCAUUCUUCUGCCAUAGCAACAUGUGUAUUAACCACACAUUGGUGUGCAAUGGUAUCCAAAACUGUGUCUAUCCUUGGGAUGAGAAUGGCUGCAAAGAGAAAAGAAAAGCCACUAUCCUGGACAGCCUUGACAACACCAAUGUAACCAUAAUUGGAGUGACCUGCGGAGUGGUGAUUAUCCUGCUCACCGUGUCGAUAAUCAUUCAAAUAAAACAGCCACGGAAAAAGUACAUAAUCCGCAGGGACGAAUUCGACCCCACCUUGCUUCACGAGGCCUUUGAACCCCCGCACUAUGAGCUGUGCACGCUACGGCAAGCAACCUCAUCCGAUGGUGAGGUGUUACCAGAGGAUUUCCCCAAAUUGCAGCGCACCUCCUCCAAAUGCAUCCACGGCCACCACUGUGGCUCGCAGGUGUCCAGCACUCGAGGCAGCCGCAGCGAUCUCAGUCUGCGAGAUGCUGCUGCCAUUCUCUCAGAGAUGGAGACGUCCGCACAGCCCCCGUUCCCUCUGCAAGCCACCCCUAUUGGCCGCAGGAAUAUUCUGGUGAUGAAGCACAGCUACUCGCACGAUGGGGCAGAGGAGUGCGACCUGGAUGAUGAAUUUUAUGAUGGGCCCACCACCAGCCACGGGCGAGCUGCAAUGGACAGAACUGUGCAUCGGUCAGUAUCCAAUGACUUUUGAUGGCUUUCCAUGCACAGUGUUUGGAUAGAUUAUUUCUUUAUUGUCUAUUGUCUGUUUUAUUUGUAGUAGCCAUGCACUUGGUUUGUUUUGUUUGUUGACAGACAAAAUUUCCUUGUCUAGUCAUCAUUUUCAUCAUUUUGCAUCCAUAAAGGAAUAUCAACAAACAAGGCUGUAUAUGCAUUAAAUGUAUAUGUGAACCAUUAAACUGUCAAGUUUUCUUUUCCCGUUAUGCCUAUGACAGUGUGCUCACUGUCUAGUCCAUAUAAUUUGAUGACUGUUAUGCACUUUUGUUUUACUCCUGGUAUCGAGAAAUAAUAUUAGGACACAUAAUCAUUGCAUAUGUAUAAUGUAAAUACUUUAGAUUCAUGCUGUUUUGUGUGGGUAUUAUUUAAAACAUGACAUACAAAUAUGUCAUUACUGUUAUGGUUAUAUUCACCAUUGGGUUUUUUUUUCUGUAACAGGCUUCUCUCUUGAAUUGUGUGGUUUAAUUUAAUGCUGUUUUAAUUUAUUUGUAUUUUCAUUUAUUUUAUGUCUGUGUGAGAACAUCUGUGCUUGUUUUAUACUUUGUUACCCUUCAUACUCCAAUUUUCAUUCUCACAUCACAUCACUGAUAAAAUUACAAACAAGUGCAGUUA